GUGCUCAACUUCCCUGCACCCAACGUCGUAACAGCGCCAAAUUUCUACCUGCGCAUUCCCCGACUAGGCCGCCGGCGCACUUGAAGAUCUUGGAAAUCAGAAGAAGCACGCUGGCCGCUGCUCUGGAGUGAAUCCGUGAAAGACUUCGGAGGACGGCGAAUGAGUUAAGGACUGAGCGUCGACCUCCAUCACCUCCGCUACCAAGCGCCAGCGCAAGGCCCGCCACCGGACUCCGGGUCUACAUUUUCUCAGGACCGGGUCUACAUUUUCUCAGGACCGGCACUGCCACGAGCCCCCUACCGGUUUGGCCAGCCGCCCUGCCCCUUCUUGGGUUCUCAGUCCAGACUGUUAGUGAGCUUGAUUUGAGCUAAGGAGAUGGACAUGGCUAGCUUUUCUGAUGGAACAAGCGAAGAUGAGAAUUGUUUGGAUGAUCUAAUUGACGAUGAGAAUUUGAGUACAUAUACAUCUAGUGAUAUACCCAAAUUGCAGUUUAGGAAAGACAUCUCUAAAGCAAAGUGGAUUGAUAAAGUAGGGAUGGGUGAGAUUAUUGAGAGAAAGGGCCGUCUCUGGACAACCACAGGGAUAGUUCGCAAUGCAAAACUCUACAGUUCCGUUGAAGAGAGUUUAUAUCUAAUUGAAAUUGGUGCUUUGAAUCUCCUCAACCACAAUGAUGAAUGCAUAUCUCUCAAGGACAUGUAUAACAUGGUUACAAAUGCAAAGAAUGGAUGUUCUUGGGAAGCUUUUGAAGCUUACAGACACUUGAAGUGCCUUGGAUACAUUCUUAGGCGCCAUGGUGUUCCUUGGACUGUGAAGAGACCUAAAGUGAGCCCUGAUACCAACCACGACACAACAGAAGUUGAUUGCACAUCAAAUACAGAACUAGAAGACAGUCAUAUCAUCUCUGAAGUGUUCACCAAUAUGGGCAUUGGUGAGCUGAAACCAGUAUUUGAUGUUUACCCUCCUAAUGCGAAAUUCAGAAAAUCUUUCCCGGGUGAUCCCUGCUUUGUACUAUGUUUUACCAGAGGAUCCACACCAUCCCAACAAGAGAUCGAAAAUCUCGAGAGACGCUGCCAUGGCAUUCCUUUAAAAAUAUGUGACGUUGAGCAUGGGCGUGUCAGUUUCUUCUCCUUUGACAGAGUGGAGCUUCCUGCACUUCCUUGACAUGUUUGCUGUAAUUGUGGAGGUAUGUGUUUUGGAAUGAAAGCACCGAUGAGCAUGGAGAGUAUUUACUCUCCAAAGCUACUAUCUUCUUGAAUAUCAAAGCUACCAUCAGUAAAAGGCAACCAUGUACACUACGAGUCCUCACACAGCAAGGAUGCGAGAAGGGACUCAUCACCAGUAGGGUGUUCUUUCCGAGACCGGGCCAGUCCAGACCCCAAAAUCUUGAAUCACAGAAUGGACUGCAGAAUACCUAGUCCUGAUCUGCUGGACAGGACGGGGUUGAAUAAACCUUGACCAUUAUUAAGUUUAUGGACAAAAACAUGAUAAAAGUUACUGUGUGUAUAGUGUAUACUGUUAGGAAAAGUAAAAAAAUACAAAAAAAAACGUUAGAAUUACUAUAAUGCAAAAUUUAACAUGUUCAUGUUGUAAAAUUACUAUUAUAGAUAUUAAAAUAGGCACUCAUGUUUUUAUCCAUUACUUGUAUUUUAAUAACAUAUUCAAUUAUUACAAUAUCCUGAAGUACUAAAA